AUGGAAUUGAAAACACGUAGCAUUGUGCUUCAUCUAUUUCUAUCACUUCUUCUAAUUCAUACGCAAAUCAAAACCGUUGGUUCACUUAACCAACCCUCUCCCUCAUCCGAUGACCAAAAACGCCAUCACUUGACCGUAGGAACGGCGUCGUUUCCGGCGGAUUUCAUGCGAAGACAGCUUGCGGGUGGAGGAGGUGGAGGUGGAGGAGGCCGAGGCGGUUCUUCAGGUGGUGGAAGCAGCGGUGGCGGAAGUCGCGGAGGUGGAGGAGGAAAUUCAAACCGUGGUGGAAACAAGGGUGGAAAAGGCGGAGGUGGUGGAGAAGAUGGUGAUAGUGGAGGUGGAGGUGGGAAUAGUGGAAACACUAGACCAUCUCCUACUAUACCAGGCGGAGGACGACCAAAUACCGUAUUUCCCGGCGGCCGAUUUCCAAGCGGCGGUGACCGGUUUCAAUAUUCUUUGGUGUUGUUCAUCUUUACGACCUGUUUACUUGUCAUGUUGUAG